AUGAAAGAAGAUUUAGCUAAAGCUCAGGCAAACGUCCAGUCACUUGAAGAAGAGAAGAAAAUGCUGGAAGAGAAACUGAAGAGAGCAUUAGAGGAAGCUGAAAUGGCAAAGGGUCAGCUUGCUGAAAUACCUCCACAUAUUCCAGAUUGGCGGAUGACUUACACAGCAAUUGAAGAAGAUGACAAAGAUGUUCCAAAGAAAGGCAAAAAAGGAAUAAAAGUUAAAGGCAAAGGAGAGGAUCGGACAGAUUUAAAACAGCAGUCUUCAAGUGGAACUGAUAGAUCAAUCCACAAACAGCAAAAAACUGAAAUGGGAAAAGCAGGUGAAUCAUUUCCAAGAAAGAGUCAGGACCUUUCCACAGUACCCCCAAUAAAAGAUGCUAAACACAAGAGAAAGGGAUCUGCUUACCCAGAUGGACAUAGUGAUACUUAUGAAAAAGAACUUUCAAAGCAGACUACCCAGUCUGAAGGCACAUCACGAAUAGCUGACAAAAAGAUGGAAGAUUCAAAGAAAAUGAAAGCCAAGACAGAAGGAAAAUCAGAGACAGUUGAUUCCAAAGGUGUGGCAAAAUCUAAGGAACCUGCAGAAACUAAAAAAACACGUUCAACCAUAAAAGGUAUAGGGAAAGAAACACCUUUGGAACCCCCAACGUUAUCUCAUAUUCAAGAAGAACAGGAGUUGUCUGAUUCCACAAAAGAAAAGAAAAAAACAAUGUCAGAAACCUUAGAUAAGUCCCCUGAGAAAAUGCUUCCGCCAGAUUCAAAAAGAAGAAAAAAAGAAAUUACUACCUCCCCUGAAUCCAUUAUUGAAGAAAAGGGUGAGAGUUUGUAUGUCCAUGAGCAGAAACCUUCACCACCUCUUGCAAAAUUUGAAGUGGAAGAUUCAGCUGAACCUAUCAAGCCCACUGAGGAAAUGGAAAGGAUAUCUGCAACUACCACUCCAGAAAAGCCUUUAAUUUUGGAGAAAGGACUUUCAAAAAUUCACAUCGAUGCAGUAGAACCUGGAGAGGAUGAAAUUAAGGACUUGCUCAAUGAAAAAAUGCUUCAGCUUGCAGACCAUUUGACAGACCUGGAAGAAAUGCCUGAAGCAGAAACUUUAGCUAAACUCUUGCUAGAGCCUGGUCAAGGCUUGAGGAAAAUAGAGAAAGAGCGAAAAGAAAAGAAAAGGUCACUGUUUGCAAAUCUAACAACAACUCUACAAAUUCUGCAGGAAAUACCAUCUGUUGAAGCUGUCCUAUCAGACAGAGAAAUUAACAAGCUGUCAGAAAAAAGAACCCUAUUGCUAGCAAACCUGGAAUCGAAUAUGAAAGAUUUGGAACAAGCCCAGGCUCUUGCAGUUACCCAGCCAUCAGAAAUGAGUGAGAACAAAGUAAAGGAGCUACUCCAACAACGAGAACUAUUAGAGGCAAAUCUAGAGGCAAAUAUGCAGGAACUACAAAGAACAAAAACUCUGGAAGUUGGCUUACCAGAAAAAUAUAUGCAUGAUAAAGAACAUACAUUUGAACUAAAUGAGCAAAGACAACAUUUGUUUAGUGAUUUAACAGCAACAUUGGGUGAUCUAGAAGAAAAACAACGUCGUGGUUCAGAAAGAGCUGCAUUUGUAAGACUUAAUGAACAGGAAUUGUAUGAACUAUAUGGACUAUCUGGGAAGAAGCAGGAGUUACUGGAAAAGUUGGAAUCUAAUCAGAAAGAGCUACAAGAAGCUCAAGCACUUUCAGCAUCACAGCCAGGCAGUGUCAUUGAAAGGGAAGUAUAUGAAUUGUCUGUAAAGAAGGCAGAGCUACUGGACAAGUUAGAAUCCAAUAAGAAAGAGCUACAAGAAGCUCAAGCUCUUGCAAUUGCCCAGCCAGGCAUUAUCAGUGAUUAUAAACUACAGAAGCUAAUUGAGGAAAGAAGAGGUUUAGCUACAGAUCUAGAGAAAACUACACAGAAGCUACAAAAAGCACAGGAUCUUGCUUUAGAAGGGCAUGCACUUUCGCAACCCUCUGAAAGGACAUUAUAUGAGUUGUCUGAAAAAAAACAAGAGUUACUGGGCAAGUUGAAAACCAAUCAGAAAGAGCUACAAGAAGCUCAGGAACUUGGAGCUAUGCAUCCAGGUGCUAUCAGUGAGCAAAAACUACAAGAGUUAGCUGAACAAAGACGAUACUUGACUGAAGAACUAGAAGGAAUGGAACAUGAUAUACUAGAAGCAGAAUGCCGUGCUUCAGAAAGGGCUGUAAUUGGAAAACCUAGUGAAAAGGAAUUAUAUGAAUUAAUGGUUACGAAGCAAGUGUUGCAGAAAAAGCUGAAAUCUAAUCAGAAGGAGCUAGAAGAAGCUCAGUUUCUUGCAGCUAUGCAUCCAGGCAGUAUCAGUGAGCAUAAACUACAAGAGCUUGCUGAACAAAGAAAAUACUUGUCUGAUGAUCUAAAGACAACUGUGUCCAAUAUACAAAAAGCUUCCAAGAAGUCUCUACUUGAAUCUGUGGAAAGAGAACUAUAUGAGCUGUCUGAGAAAAAGCAAGCUAUAGAGGCAAGUCUGGAAUCCAACUGGAAGGAACUUCAGAAACUUCAGGACCUUGUUGCUACCCAACCAGAUAGUAUCACUGAACUUAAACUUCAGGAGCUUACAGAAGAAAGAAGAUUCUUGACUGAAGAUCUGGAGGCAACUAUGCAUGAUAUACAAAAGGCUGAGCGUCGUGUUUCAGAAGCAACUAAAGCAGAACAAACGAUUGAGAAAGAACUAUAUGAACUAUCAGAGAAGAAACAACUGUUAUUGGAAAAUUUGAAAGAUCUACAAGAAGCUCAAGCUCUUGCAGCUACCCAACGUGGCAGUGUUGGUGAUUUUAGAAGAAAACAGUUAGAUGAGCAAAGAAGACAUUUGGCUGAAGAUCUAGAGGCAACUGUGCAUGAUAUACAAAAAUUGCAGCAUCUUGCCCCAGAAAUACCUGUAACUGUAAAACCCAGUGAAAGGGAAUUAUUUGAACUUUCUGAGAAGAAGUACUUGUUAUUAGAAAAUUUGGCAUCCAAUCGAAAAGAACUACAGGAAGCUCAGGCUCUUGCAGCCGCCCAACCUGGCAGUGUCAGUGAUUCUAAACUACAGGAAAUAGCAGAACAAAGAAGACGUUUGACUGAAGAUUUAAAGGCAACUUUACACAAUAUACAAGAAAUGCAGCGUCGUCCUUCAUUGGCAGCUCUAACAGGAAGAUCCAGAGAAAGGGAACUAUAUGAACUUUCUGAGAAGAAACAAAUGCUGCUUAAAGUUUUGGAAUCAAAGAGGAAUGAACUAAAAGAAGCUGAAGCUCUUGCAGCUGCCCAGCCAGGCAGUAUCAGUGAAAAAGAAUUAUAUGAACUAUCUGCGAAGAAACAAAUAUUGCUUGAAAGUUUGGAAUCCAAGAAGAAAGAACUACAGGAAGCUGAAAUUCUUGCAGUGACUCACCCAGGCAUUAUUAGUGAACAUAAGUUACAGGAGCUAGAUGAGCAAAGAAGACAUUUAACUACAGAGUUGGAGGCAACUGUGCAUAAUAUACAAAACAUACUAGAUCGUGCUUCACCAAGAACUCUGACUGGAAGAGCUGGUGAAAGAGAAUUAUAUGAACUCUCUGAGAAGAAACAAAUGUUGCUUGAAAGUUUGGAAUCAAAGAAGAAAGAACUACAAGAAGCUGAAGCUCUUGCAGCUGCCCAGCCAGGCAGUAUCAGUGAGCGUAAGUUACAGGAGCUAGAUGAGCAAAGAAGACAUUUGACUACAGAGCUGGAGGCAACUGUGCACGAUAUGCAAGAAAUACAACAUCGUGCUUCACCAGGAACUCUGACUAGAAGUUCUGAUGGAAAAGGCUUACAUGAAUUAUCUCUGUGGAAGCAAUUUUUAUUGGAAAGUUUGGAAUCUAAUGUGAAAUUGCUAGACGAUGCUCAUGCUCUUGAAGCUACACAACCAGGCAGUAUCAGUGAGAAAAAAAUGAAGGAAUUAAAUGAGCAAAGGAGGAUUUUGACAGAAGACCUGAAAGCAGUUGUACAAGAUGUACAAGAAAUGAAACUUUCUAUUUCAGAGGCAGGUGGAAAAUUCAGACCUAUAAGCAUGGAUUUAAAUGAACUUUAUCGGAAGAAAAAGUGGGUUUUGGAAUGUUUGGAAUUAAAUCGAAAACACCUGCGAGCAGCACAAACUCUUGCUGCUACUCAUCCAAUUAGUAUCAAUGAACAAAAAGUCCAAGAACUCACUGAACAAAGAAGGCUUUUGGCUGCAGGCCUUGAUGCAAUUAUUCAAGAUUUGCAUGAUAUAGUGAGUUUUGCUCCAGAGAAAAUUGGAUCAAAAUCCAGAGAAAGAAUUCUUGAAGAACUAUCUGAAAAAAAGAAACAGUUUUUGGAAAAUUUGGCUUCAAAUUUGAAAGCCCUAAAAGAAGCCCAGGCUCUUGCAGCUGUCCAGCACAAUGAUGUGAAUGAGCAAAAGGUACAAGAGCUCAUUGAAAAAAGAAGACUUUUGACCGCAGGUUUACAGACAAUUAUGAAAGAAAUGAAACAAUUACAGGAUCUUCUUUCAACCAGACUGGAAAUACCAACGCCUAGUGAAAGAGAGUUAGCAAAAUUAUCCGAGAAGAGAAGAUUGGUUUGGGAAAAUAUGGAAAAAAAUGUGGAAGAACUGAAAGCUUUGCAGGCUAUUGUAAAUAAUCUGUCAGGCAGCACGAAUCAGCAGAAAAUGAAGGAGCUAGCUGAAAAAAGAACCCUCCUGACUACCUAUCUUGAGACAGUUCUUCAAGACAUACAGAGCUUUGAUUCAGACAAAUAUGUAAUGACAAGACUUGAUGAGGCAAUUCAAGAGGUAUCAGAUGAUCAUCAUCCAUUAGGCUUGCUGAAAUCAGAGGCUGCUGCUUUAAGUGCAAAAUAUGGAUCUGAUGAUGAGAAAAUAGCAAAGCAAAGGGUUUUGGCAGCAAAACUAGAAGCAAAUAUAAAAGAUCUACAAACUGCUUUUGAAAUACAGAAAAUUGAAAAGCCCAAAUACAUGGAAAAGGAAAUAGAGCUAGCACUUAAAAGGCAAUUUAUGCAACCAUUACCAGGAAAUUACUACCAGCAAUCAACAGUGAACCAACCAUCUUUUCCACUGUUGGUUAGUCCUAUACAACGUGAAGUAAAUGCAAACAAACUUCCUAGUAAGUAA